AUGCUCUGGAUCUGAGUUAGAAGAGAAGACACCCGCCUCUGAAGAACCAGCGGACCUUGUCCCUUGGGUGGGUAGCCUUGGGGCUCGUUUCCACGCAAGAGUUUACUCCUAACCCGUCAAGAAGCUACUUGUCCAGUUCUCAAUAUCAUUCAGAUCUGAGCGAUCUUCUUCCUCCCCAAUGGAGAACGCUUAUGCCAGAUCAGUACCCGAGGUUCUUGAGUUUUUCGGAGUGGAACUAUCUAAAGGUCUUACAGAUUCACAGGUUGCACGACAUGCUAGAUUGUAUGGAAGAAAUGUGCUGCCUCAAGAGAAAAGUACCUCUUUCUGGAAGCUUGUUCUGAAGCAAUUCGAUGAUUUGCUGGUUAAAAUAUUAAUUGUAGCUGCCUUCGUUUCGUUCUUUUUGGCAUUGGCUAAUGGAGAGACAGGGUUAUCGGCUUUCUUGGAGCCUACUGUUAUCUUGAUGAUAUUAGCUGCAAAUGCUGCUGUAGGGGUAAUCACAGAAACAAAUGCCGAAAAGGCUCUUGAGGCAAGUUGUAGCUAGUGGCUUAAUAGCUUCGAAAGUAAAAGAAUCAGAGAUCAGAGGCGGUCAAGCGGAAGCGAACAAACACACACACACAAAUAGCAGAAAAUAAGAACACGAGAUUUAACGUGGUUCGGUCAGUAACCUCCACGGGUUGCAGCUAGGGUUUAUCUUUUAUUAGGUGCUCACAGAUUAUAGUUACAUGAUUGGGUAUUUAUAAGAUAUAAACUAGGGUUAACAACUUGCUAAACAAGAAACAACUAAUGGGCCCUUUAAUUAAUAACUAAAACCGGCCCCCCAUGUUUCUUCCCUUUAGCCGACCAGGCUUAAAGCCCACAGCUCUAAAGCCUUCACCGAAUAACCCAACAAUCUCCCACUUGAAGGAUUUCGCAUAGACACAAAUGCCAUCCAAGUAAACCCAUCAUGAGUAACUCAGUAAUCUUCACUG